AUGAAAGGUUCUACCAGAAUAUCUGGUUUGGGAUUCAACACACCAAAUCUUGUCUACCUCGACUACUCAGACCGUUGUAACAAUCGCAGCUAUAAUCAUGCCAGUUUCCUCCAUUCACUUCUCGAAGCCCACCUCGAUCUUGAUUUGCCUCAAUGCCAUCAUCAGUUUAGAGCUGAAGAUCACUCGAGACUAGUUUCUUGGAUAUGCAAUGUUCAAAUCCUUCACCUUUCUUCCUCUACUGUUGAUAUGAUGUUUCAAUGCUUGGAUCCUUGGCGUAAGAAUGGAGGAUUCUCUUUGUUUAAAAACCUUGUUAAUAUAAAGCGCGUGGAGGUCAAUCUCUAUCUUCUUGUCAAAUGUCAAUUGUCGGAAACGGCGAUCAUCCAACGUUAUCUUUCUCCUCCUCCUAAAACCCAUUUUCUUCUUCCAACUUUCCUUAAUCUCUACAACUUCUUCGAAUCCGAAGAUCCAUGGCGACACCGAUAUUCAACGCCUCUUGCAGCUUUACAUCGAGCAAAAGCCAGUGAAUCCAACGGACACGCCAAGAAGCUAGGAAGGAGCGACGCUGAGUGUGAAGCCGCCGUUGUCGCCGGAAAAGCUCCCGAGGCACCUCCGGUUCCACCUAAACCCGCCGCUCCGGCCGGUACGCCGAUUGUCCAGCCUCUCAGUCUACAUCGACGACCACGCCGUAACCGGGCAUCUCCUGCUGUGAGAGCUGCUUUCCAAGAAACUGACAUCUCUCCGGCAAAUUUUGUAUACCCACUUUUCAUUCAUGAAGGUGAGGAUGACACGCCUAUUGGAGCCAUGCCUGGUUGCUACAGGCUUGGCUGGAGACAUGGCCUCGUAGAAGAGGUUGCAAAGGCUCGAGCUGUUGGCGUCAACAGUAUCGUCUUGUUCCCUAAAGUUCCCGAGGCUUUGAAGAAUCCAACAGGGGAUGAAGCAUACAAUGACAACGGUCUGGUGCCUCGAACGAUUCGUCUUCUCAAAGACAAAUACCCUGACCUUAUUAUUUACACUGAUGUUGCUCUGGAUCCUUACUCAUCUGAUGGUCAUGAUGGUAUAGUCAGAGAGGAUGGCGUAAUAAUGAAUGAUGAAACUGUCCACCAGCUGUGUAAGCAAGCUGUUUCUCAGGCUCGAGCUGGAGCGGAUGUUGUUAGUCCGAGUGACAUGAUGGAUGGACGAGUAGGCGCAAUCCGUGCAGCUCUUGAUGCUGAAGGCUUUCAAAACGUCUCCAUCAUGUCCUACACAGCAAAGUAUGCAAGUUCGUUCUACGGUCCUUUCCGUGAAGCCCUUGACUCAAACCCACGUUUUGGAGACAAGAAAACUUAUCAGAUGAAUCCAGCAAAUUACAGAGAGGCUUUGAUUGAGGCACGUGAAGAUGAAGCUGAAGGAGCUGACAUUCUCUUAGUGAAGCCAGGUCUUCCAUAUUUGGACAUCAUAAGGCUUCUCAGAGACAAAUCUCCAUUGCCUAUUGCUGCAUACCAAGUUUCUGGAGAAUACUCGAUGAUCAAAGCAGGUGGAGUCUUGAAGAUGAUCGAUGAGGAGAAAGUGAUGAUGGAGUCACUCAUGUGCUUGCGCCGAGCUGGUGCUGACAUCAUCCUUACUUACUUUGCUCUUCAAGCUGCUACUUGCUUGUGCGGCGAGAAGCGGUAG